AUGGCUGAUUUAGUUACACAAGAGCCCAGAUUUGCCCAGUUCAAGCUUGUUUUAUUGGGGGAAAGUGCUGUUGGAAAGUCCUCUAUCGUACAUCGUUUCGUCACCGACUCCUUUGACGAUUUGAGAGAGUCAACAAUAGGAGCCGCAUUUUUAACCCAAACUAUUCAGCUAGAUGAAAGGACCACAAUCAAAUUUGAGAUUUGGGAUACCGCUGGCCAGGAGAGAUACAAGUCUUUGGCCCCAAUGUACUAUAGAAAUGCCAACUGUGCACUUGUUGCUUACGACAUAACACAAGAAUCUUCCUUGGAUAGAGCUAAAUCCUGGAUUCAGGAACUACAGAAACAGGCUAGCGCUGACAUCGUCGUGGCCUUGGUGGGAAAUAAGCUGGAUUUGGAAGCCGAACGUAAGGUUUCAACCAAGGAGGCCAAGGAGUACGCGGAUGAAUUGGGGCUCAUUUUCAAGGAAAUAAGUGCUAAAACAGGCGAAGGAAUAAAGGAUGUUUUCCAUUCGAUUGCCUCCAAGUUACCAGUUGAAGAGAAACUGAAUUCAGCUACCAAGAGACGUCGCAACAUCGAUUUGAACCGACCAUCUACGAACAACCAAGAGUCUUGUAGCUGCUAG